GGACACGCGCUUAUCUCUGACGUCACGCAGCCUACUUGCAGCUCGGCGACGUGCUGGGGGUCGCACGGGAACGUACGCGCGGUGAGGCCGAUGUGUCCGCUGUAGUCGCCUGUCCUCCCCCCGCUUUACCUCGAGUAUAAAAGUGGGUCGCACCCGGGGAGCGAGCCCCGGGUCCGGUGUAAACUUGUGGUAAGAGUCGCGGCUUAGCAGGACCGGUAGCUUAAGUGCUAACUGUUAGCUUCUUAUGCUCCGCUGGUAACCGAAUACGGACCGCGGCGUCGAAUACCGGUCCGACUGUGUCACCGGGUCGCCAGGGCGAGCUUCGGGAGACCCGGUAACCUUCCGCGGUUAGCUGGACUUGUGUCCCACGCCUCAGGGCGCAGAAUAACCUCUGGCCGCCGACGUGUCAUGUGACCCGCGGGUCCGCUACGGAACGACAGAGACCCGAUCCGACACGUGCGGCGGGACAUGCUCCGCAGUUAGUGGCGGCGGUCCCACCGGUCAGGAUGAGCGGUCUCGCGGGGGGGAGGUGGGUGCGCCUCGGGCUGCGGGCUGUCCGUCUGCUCACCGGGACCGCUCCUCGGCCCUUCCACGCCUCCGCGAGCGUCGCCGCUUCGCCGCCCACGGAGGGCUUCAAACCGGGGAAAGUCGCGGUCGUCACGAAGACGACGCGCUACGAGUUCGAGCAGCAGCGGUACCUGUACGCGGGGCUCUCUGAAGAGGACCUGAAACAACUGCUCGCCAUGAAGGGCUCCAGCUACAGCGGCCUGCUGGAGAGACACAACAUCCACACCGGCAACGUGCAACACGUCGUGACCAGCCUGCGGAAAGAAGGCAUCGAGGUGCGCGUGGUGAAGAGGGGAGAAUAUGAUGAAGAAGUGGUCCGAUGGGCUGAUGCCAUCAUCUCUGCUGGAGGUGACGGGACGAUGCUACUCGUUGCCAGUAAGGUUUUAAGCAAAGACAAACCAGUUGUGGGCGUCAACACAGACCCUGAAAGGUCAGAAGGUCAUCUCUGCCUCCCCGUGCGCUACACGCAUGCCUUCCCAGAGGCCCUGGAGAGACUCCGCCGUGGUGAGUUCAGGUGGCUGUGGCGUCAGAGGACCCGCGUGCACUUAGAAGGCACCGGAAUCAACCCAACCUCCGUCGACCUGCACGAACAGCAGUUGAGCCUGGAGCAGCACAGCCGAGCCCACCGCAUCAGCACCAGGGGCAGCCAGCAGAGGGCAGGAAUGCUAUAUGACAGCUUCUCCAGGACCAGUCUGCUUCCUAUCAGAAGCCUGAAUGAAAUCUUCAUCGGAGAGUCUUUGUCCUCCAGGGCUUCCUACUACGAGAUCUCUGUGGAUGACGGCCUAGAGAAGCAGAAGAGUUCAGGACUCAGCGUUUGUACAGGAACAGGAUCCAAAGCCUGGUCAUAUAACAUCAACAAACUGACCGAACAAGCUGUGGAGGAGGUUCUAAGCAUUGGAAAGUCUCAAAUGGGUCUUGAUAUGCCGCUUGAUCGUGACAUCGUGGAAAAGGUGACGGACGAGUACAACGAGUCUCUGGUGUUCAGUCCGGACGACAGGCGCUUGUUCUACAGCAUCAGGGAGCCCAUCGUCAACCGCGUGUUCUCCAGCAGCCAGCAGAGAGGCUUCGCUAGCAGGGUGUCCGUGCGCUCCCGCUGCUGGGACGCCUGCAUGGUGGUUGACGGCGGCACUUCAUUCGAGUUCAACGACGGCGCCAUCGCUACCAUCAGCAUGGCGGAGGAGGAUCAGCUGCGCACCGUUGUUCUUGAACAUUGAGACGUCUGGACUGGUUUCAGGCACCUUCAUGGCUUUUAGCCUCCAAGUGGUGAAUAAUGUUCUACCUGAAGGAAAGGGGUCACUGUUACUAUUGUUUUUUGAAAUGAGUGCAUUUUUACAAGCUAUGUAUUUUCAAAAACCCUUUUAUCUUGCCUUGUAUUUGUCUUUCCCUCUAUCGGGUUACAAAAAUCCAUGAUAUAGAUUUGUGUAGUGGGUCACAAUAACUAGGUAAACACCACUCUGUGUGGUCCUUUCAUACCCGUGUUGCCACAGGUUCCUGAUUUUUAAAGUACGAACUCUUCUAAAUUUGUAUUGCCAACAAAUACUAAUGAGUUCCGAUUCUCAGCACGAUCUGUGUCGCUCAGGUUCCGAAAUUAAUGUAAAGGUUCCCUAUCCAACAUGCAAAGAAUUAAUAUCAUCAAUAAGUAUUGUCAAAGAGUGCGUGUGUGUGUGAGACCGAUCGGUAUUGGUGCACGUGAGCGAGCCCACAUCAGGUAAAUGCUAUUGGAUGUUAUUAGUUAGCAUUGUUAGCUAUUAGCAAGUUUGAGCUGUGUGAUAAUUCAUUAUAAUUGAUCUACUUUUAAUUAAAUCCUUGAUUCAUUCAAAAAGCAUUUAUAUCAUUUAAAUUGACAACUAGCACACAUUAUUGGGAUAUAAAAAUGACUUAUUGUGAUCGAGUUUCCUCCCUUGAUAUGCUCUGAAUUUCUGUGUGUGUGUGUGUGUGUGCGUGUGUGUGUGUGUGCGCGCUGAGGAAGAGGAGACCUGCACACGCUCUACUCGUUGGUAGAAACACUCCCUGCUGGUCUGCGUCGGCUCCUUCAUGGACCUUAACGCAGUGCGUGACCUGCAGACGUACCUGGUGCUGCUUUGAAGCUUUAUGUGCUGAGCUGAAAGAACGGAGUCCGUCUGUUGACUGGAGAUAUUUUUGUUACAUAGCUUAUAUUUUGUUCUAGAUGAAUCCCCCCCCCCCCCUCCAGCCUGCAGGGGUUCUGUGUUUAGGUCACGAGAGUCGUGCGUCACGUCUCAAGGACCACAGGUGCUUCUGAAGGUCGUUUGCGGACCGGCCUCAGUCCGGGUUGGAACUCGAUCUCACACAAAGCGAAACGCCGCUCAGCCCGUGGACACUAACUGUUGGAACAAGGAUCAUGCUGGAAGUAUAAAGAUCGUCUGUGUAAUGAUUUCUGACUCCAGCGCGUCUCUUGUAACAGUCGGAUACUGUUCCUUUACAACAGCUGUGAUGUGCAGCGCGCCAAACGCAGGCUUCCUCAGCAAUAUGAUGUCAGUAUGUUGGGAUGGGUUCGUUUUUUUCAAUCCGAUAAAGUAUGAAACACGU